CCUAGUCAUUUUGAAAUGUAUAUUGUUAUAAUUAUUGAAGAAAAAGUCAUUGGGUGGUCUAUUUUUAUUGCCACUGGUCAUAGCUUAUUGAAAUUCCUGUUUAUAUUAAUAAAAAUUUGUUUUUAUUUUAGAACGGUGUUGUCUCCUAUACUGAAACCUCGUUACCAAACCCAUCGUAAACAAAGUAGUGCUUCCAGUAUAUCUUCCUAUUCAAACACUCCUCGGAAAAAAAAACCAGCCCCCCUACCUCCAGUAUCAAGACUAUCUCUUGGAAACAUUGAAUACUCAAAUAGUAUGCAAAUGUCAUCUCCUAAUAGUUUAGAAGACUCCAGUUGCAGUGGCAGUGAACCGUCUUCAACCAGUAAUCAGGAACGUUACAGAUUACACAAGAGUACACAUGGGAAAUGGAAACGAAAGAAAGGACCAGCUCCUCAGUGUMCAAUACCACAGAGGAGACGAAUUAAACCUAUGCCAAUGGAAGAUAUCAAACAAGAGUUGUUAGAUAUUGAGAUAAAACAACAAGAGCUUGAGAGACAAGGAGUUAAAUUAGAAAAAGAUAUACGGUUAAAGUGUAAUGAAGAUUUGAAUAAUGUUGAUGUAGAAGAAAUGGUGCUACAAUUGUUUGAAUUAGUUAAUGAAAAAAAUGAAUUGUUCAGAAAACAUGCCGAGCUUAUGUACCUACGAAAACAACAUAAUUUUGAAGAAGAACACGCUGAAUUAGAAUACCAAAUACGUGUUUUGAUGUCUAAGCCUGACCACACUAAGACAGAUACAGAAAAAGCUCGAGAAGAAGAACUUAUCCGAAGAUUGGUUGAAGUUGUAGAAAGGCGUAAUGAAAUUGUUGAAAAUCUAGAAAAAGAUAGACUGCGUGAAGCCGAAGAAGAUCGUAGUGUGUUCAAUCAAAUAGGAACUUUUGCUCAAGGUUCAAAAAAUAUCCAUCGUAUAGUUUACUAAUAUAAAAAUUUGUUUGACAUCAUUAGUGGUUUGCGGAAUGACGUUUUGUUCGUUUUUUAAGGUGAUUGCAUGUGUAAUGUGUAUGACAUCAAUUUGCUUUUAUAAUCCUGUGAUGCCUGUAUUAAUUCAAAAUUAAAAUAUUGCUAUAUUAAAGUUAACUGUUUCUGUCACUCCAAUAAAAUGGUAUUCAUUAAAUAAAUUAAUA